GUGGGCAAAAGGCGAGGUCAGGUAUAAGAAGUAGAGAACUUUGAGACCCGACUCAAAGCGCCUGAUAACUUAGGACUGGAGGGCGGUGUGAUUGUCCGGAGAUUCAAGAAAGUCUGAAUCAUUCUCUUUCUGGGACCAACAUGCAACAGGGUGGGGGAUCUGAAACGGAGGUGACUUGGGAGGAUCAGCAGAAUAUCAACAAAUUCGGUCGAUUAAACAACCGAUUUCACGAGCUUGAGGAUGAGAUUAAGAUCGCCAAGGAAACAAAUGAAAAUCUGGAAGAUGCCAGUAAUGAAUUGAUUCUUGCUGAUGAGGAGGUGGUUCGUUUUCAAAUAGGAGAAGUCUUUGCUCAUGUUCCAAAGGAAGAAGUUGAAACCAGAAUAGAACAGAUGAAGGAGGUGACCAGCAAAAACUUGGAAAAGCUCGAGGAAGAGAAGGAUUCCGUCCUGGCACAGAUGGCAGAGUUAAAGAAGAUUCUGUAUGGAAAAUUUGGGGACUCCAUCAACUUAGAGGAGGAUUAAUGGGGUUGUUCCUUUUGCUCUCUUUUUUUCCAUGUUCUUCUUUGAGGAAACCAUCCAUUCAUUUUUGAAAUGUCAGGAAAAACGUCUCGUUCCAGUGGUUUUCUGGUGUAUUCCAGUUUGUAGGAUGUAAGCGUGUUGAUUGUAUGGUAUAUUUUAAUGGAUGUUUAUCAGUCUCA